AUGAUCCCCUUUGUUCGCAGCGCCGUACCUCCCGAAAAUGCGUUUUUUAGAGCAUCUAACCGCAUUUUCCACUCUCACGGCAGAUCUCCAGCGUAUAGGAGGUUAGCCUCCCAUCCCACCUCGACUUCCCUACUUCCUGUUUCGAGACAGACUUGCGCCGCUGUUUUUAAUACUUCCCUUCUUCGAUUGCAAUCCUUACCUUUCGAAGUGCGACUGACCUCGAACUAUAUUGGACAAAACCGCCAGUUGCACUUGAGCAGAGCUUUGUAUUUUGAAGAAAAGACGAAAACAGAAUUCGCCAAGUCCGAAACAAAACCCGACGAAGAACAUUCCAAAAAAUCAGAAGAAGGUGAAAGUGGCGAGAAGUCUAAUGAAAAGGAACACAGUGAGAAGAAAGAGGAGAUGCCUCCUCCCCCUCCUCACGGCGAUAAGACGCCUUGGCAGGUGUUUAUGGAAACCAUGAACACUGAAUUUCAGGCUUCUAAGGAAUGGAAUGAGUCAACCAAACAGAUUGGUGCCGCAGCACACCAAUUUUCCGAGAGUGAAUCGGUACGCCGUGCCCGAGAGGCCUAUGAGAAGUCGACCGGGGCCAUUUCAUCCACCACUUCAAAGGCAGUCAAAACUACUGCUGGGGCCAUUGGAAAAGGGGCAGCCUGGACUUGGGAAACGCCAGUAAUGAAAGGGGUCCGCAAGGCGGCUAAUGUCACCGGAGAUGCCAUGGACAAGGCCACGAAGCCCAUCCGCGACACUGAAGCGUACCGAAAUGUCAAGAACGUCAUUGAUGAUGGCAGUUCGUCGCGAUAUGGCGGAUGGGUAGAAAAGGAGGAGCGCCGCAGGAAGAGAGCAAUGAUGGAACAGCAAAAUCUUGAUCGCGGUCAAGUACUAGAAGAGGACCCGAAUGCUGGAACAAAUGUCACUCUUCACAAAGAUGCCGCUUGGAAGGAGGCAUGGAGAGGUUUCCGAGACACCAAUAAGUUCGUUCAGGGGCUCUUCACUAUGAAGGGGCGAUAUGAGGAGUCGGAGAAUCCUUUAAUUUCGACAGCUCGCAGUAUCACUGACCGAAUCGGAGGCUUCUUUGCUGAGAACGAAACUGCGAUGGUUAUCAAGAAAUUCCGAUCCAUGGAUCCCAACUUUCAGGUGGAGCCAUUUUUGCAGGAACUACGGGAGUACAUAUUACCAGAAGUUCUCGAUGCCUACGUGAAGGGUGAUGCUGAAACGUUGAAGCUGUGGCUGUCUGCGGCUCAAUUCUCCGUUUAUGAAGCCUUGACGAAGCAAUAUCUCCAGGCUGGUAUGAAGUCCGAUGGUCGUAUUUUGGACAUUCGCAAUGUCGAUAUUCUCCGAGCCAGAAUUCUGGAUCCGGGUGAGGUCCCAGUUUUCAUCAUAACUUGCCGGACUCAAGAGGUUCACGUUUAUCGUAACGCCAAAUCGAAUGAGCUUGCAGCGGGAAUGGAGGACAAGGUGCAACUGGUCACAUAUGCUAUCGGCAUUACUCGAAUGGCAGAAGAUGUUAAUAAUCCCGAAACUCGAGGUUGGCGCCUGAUUGAAAUGCAAAAGAGCGGUAGGGAGUGGCAUUAA